UGCGACCAAGCCUCCGAGCCGCCUGCGCCGGCACCACUCGCCACCAGGUUCGCUGACCCCGUCUCCGCGAGUGCUCUCCUCUGGAAACUGCUCUGGCGUCUCUCACGAGAGAAGUGAACAGUCUCCACCAGCAGCAGGAGAUUUGUGAUCGUGUGCUCACACCUGUUCUCGCCGGAAACGCGCAGCGGCCGGUGUGAAAGUGCUCGAGUUUCAAGUGGUAACCAGCCAGUGAAACUGUGGUAAUCGGAAAAGGGCAGUGUCGGUUGGGCCAGGCAGUUUCUCGUUUGUGGAAUGUCUGUAGGCAAAGUGUGCUCCUGACAUUGAGCAGUUUCCUCCUCUCAACAGUGCGCAGAAACGCAAAAGGUCUUUACGAUGGAAGAAGUAGUGCCUAGAUCCAGCAGCAUCCCUCCACCACUGCCGCCCAAGACGCGCAACAGGACGCAGCAGCUGUCCAACUCGUCCAACAGCAGCAGCAGCAGCGGCGAGAUCCUCACCACGUUCACUUUCCCCGAAAUGCGCAGCGUGAACCUGGUCUCCACCGCCCAGCAGCAGCAACAGCAACAGGUACAAGAGCAACAGCAGCCGCAGGGGCACGUCGUGAAAAUACGCAUCAAUCCGGAGCAGGAGUCUGUGGACUACACGCCCGCAGACGGCUGCAUAAGGAUCAGUGUCAACGGGACCAGCUCGCACCACCACCACGAGACAGUCAUAGACACAUCGGUCGGCGGCGGCGACGACGCGAUCCUGCGCCGCAGCACCGGCGAGAAAUCGUCCGCGACAGUGGUGACUACGUCGACGCCCGACCGCGGGCCCGGGGCGCCGUACUACUUUUACAACUCGUUCCAGUCGGCCAGCAUGGUGAUAUCGAGCGGCCAGUCUUCUCCCAGCGACACGCUGGACAGCGGCACCUGCAGCGACCUGGACGGCAGCACGCCGCCACCGCUCCCCAAGAAGACCUCCGGAUCGUCGCCGCCACCCCCGAGACCGGUCGCCGCCGUCGUCAACACUUCUGCAGCUCCGGGCGGCUCCACCGUGGUCGGGAACACAGUUACCGUGACGGUGAACGGGGGUGUCAGUGCCAGCACUUCUGCGCUCACCGCCUUCCACCAGCGCAACGGCAGCCUCACCAGCAGCGGCGCCGAGGUGGACUCCGAGGACGAGGAAGUGGACGACGACCGCAUCAGCUGCGACUCACUCAACAGCCGCGAGCUGUCGUCACUCUCCGUCAUCUCCACGACCGCCACCAACGAUAGCGGCAUUGUGCUCUCGCUGGGGGCUUCCGUCGAUAAGAUAACAGUGAACGCGCAGGAUUGCAGCCCGUCUCUGACAGAUAGCGGCAUCGAACGCGACGCGCCUCCGCCGCCAGUCGCCGGCAUGCCCGUGUCCACGUCGCCGCCGCCUCCACCGCCGCCUCCAGUGGCAGAGGUCUCUCCGGCCGCUCCGACGCCCCCUGCCAAGAGGCAGCGUCCGGAAGGUGGCUGCAUCCUGCCACAGAGCUUGCUCAACGAUAUCCGCGAGCGCUCUGCCAAGCUGAACAGCGUGACCAACGGCAGCAGCCAUGGCAGUGGCUCUCUCAAGAAAAAGGUCACCAGGACCUGGAAGGAUGCGACGCCAGCCUCUUCGCCCUCCACUGAGGAGGAAAAGGCGGCGGUACAGCCGAAGCUCAAGCCGCUGAACAUCGUCCCGAUCUACGACGACUCGACGCCAGUGAAGAAGGCGCCACUGGGAGCCAGGCCAGAGGCUGAGGAAUCCGAGACCGACGGGACACCCCAACAAGUGGUACAACCUCAGCAGCAGCCGCCUCCGCCAGUGCCGAAGAAGCCGACUCCGAGUCACGCCCAACAGAACGGCGUCGACCAGAAGGCAGCGCCCCUUACGAAGAAUGUGGUGAUAGUGGAACGUAAUUCGCCAACAUCGGACAAGAAGAUAAAUUGCGUGGUCCAGGAACGCACGUACGAAGACCGCAAGAAAGAGUGGGAAGAGAAGCAGCAGCAACUGGCGCGUCAACAACAGCUCGCGGCAAUUCGCGGGUCCUUCAAAUACGAGGCUGACCGGUUCUACAAUUUCCACCUGAACGAGCACGCGCCCGACGACAGUGUCAUCGUCCCCACGUCGCCCACCACGCCAACGGGCAGACGCGACUCCAUCAGCUCCAACUGCUCCUCCGUCCUGUUGCAAGACGACGGCCUGCCCGACGCCGAAGAGACGUUCGCCGGCCUGAAGAACAUCAGCGCCUCGUCGACCAUCCGCAGUGCUAAGGGCACGGUGCGUGGAGUGAAGAACCGGGUGCGCGCCGGCAUCGCCACCUUCCUCCAGAUACAAGACACCAAGAACUACAAGGAGAAAGAGGCCGGCAAGGUGGUGGUGUACACGACGACGAUGGGCGUGGUGCGCGAGACGUACCAGGCGUGCCUCAAGGUGCGCAACAUCCUGCGCACGCUGCUGGUGCGCUGCGAGGAGCGCGACGUCUUCAUGAGCCGCGAGGUGCAGACCGAGCUGCGGGAGCGCAUGCGCAGCGCCAGCGUCGUCGUGCCGCAGGUCUUCGUCGACGGCCAGCACCUGGGGGACGCCGAGACGAUCGAGAGGCUGAACGAGAGCGGGGAGCUGCGCAGAAUAAUGAAGCCGUUCAAGGACCCCACGGUAUGCCAUACGUGCCAGGUGUGUGGUGGCUUCCGGCUGCUGCCCUGCUCCGUCUGCAACGGCUCCAAGAAGUCGAUGCACCGCAACCACUUCACCUCCGAGUUCGUCGCGCUGAAGUGCAUGCACUGUGACGAGGUGGGCCUGGUGCGCUGCUACGCCUGCUCGUAAGCAGCGGCCCAACAAGACCACUGGCGUUCACGAGCGAGGGACUGCAACGCAUCGACCACCUGACACGUGGCUGCAUUCUACACGUGCUGCCCGAUAUCGACCAGCUGCGCGAUGGGACACACUUCGACGGAGUCAUACCUAGAGACCAUCGCUCCCUAACACCUACUGCUUGUUGCUGUGCGGAAUUCUCUCUGUACUGGAUCUGCAACAGUUGUUUUGGUCCCUCUAAGGCGGAGGUGUGCUUCGUACACGAUUGGUUGUAAUACCUACCGCUCACUUCCAGAUGACUGGGUAAAUGCCCCACUGUGAAUCUGUCUCACUUGCGAAGAGUUUCUGCCUCACGACUGAAUUUGUCUACUGAUGAGUCCUUCAGAGAAUAACCGAGAACUCAUUUUGCCGCCCACAGCAAGCCGUGACUCAUUGAAUUCACUUGCUUCGAUUAAGUCCACGAUUUUCUAAGUAGUUGGGAUACAUAUUGUCAGAAUUCUCAACUACUGAUCGAUGUUCGCGACAUGGUAUGGUCGCGUUAGUUUAUGGGAAAAAUUAAGCUCAAUAUAACGGAUACUUCCUGUUUCUUACAUUAAUCCUGUUUUCAUCAUUGGGCAGUGCUACAUUCUGCAGUAUUUACAUGCGAGAGAAGCUGCUUGGUGUACAAGGAAAAUGUGAAACUGAAACAUUUUCAUUCCAGAUUAAUAUAUUGAAUGUGUCGUAAAUUCUGUUAUUUCUAUUUUUAAGCAAAUUUUGUUGGAUGUGGCUCUGUUGUCGGCCACUAUGUAUCAGUUGUACUUAAAGACACUAAGAUCGAUACUUGGUUGAACAACAAGGGAGGUGCAUAUUCAUCACGAAGAAGAAUCAGAUAUGAUCCUACAAUUCAGUAGUUAAGUCUUUAAUAAGGGUUUUAUGGGGAUCUGAGUCAUUUAGAGGUUGUUUUAGUAUUUUAAGUUCCCGUAAAGACAUUCCUACGUGGUUUUUGUUGCUGGAGAUUGAAUGAAGGACACCGGUCAAAUACUUUUGACUUCUUUGAUAACAUAGGAGAAAACUGUCAGGGGCCACUUAUAAGGACUGCGCCAAAAAUUGCAAAAAUUGUAGUUAUUAUGUCACCUCUUUCAUUUUUAGGCCUAAUUAAUCUUCUCAACCGAGCAUCGAAUAUGUAUCACAUGGAGAAAACUGAUACAGAAGUACCUCGUGAGUACUUCGAAAGUUGCGACUUGUGUCAGAUAUCCUCUGAAGUACUGUAUGAAAAAAGAAUGCAAUGUCACCUUGAAGAAUAACCCUGAAGAAUAACUUGGCUGAAUGAUGAUUUUCACCGUCAUCGAAUUCUCUAAAUUCCGAAGUGCUUACUUAAUACACUCCACCACUCUAGUAUCAGUUCUUCUUUCAAUCUACUUGCCAAGUUUUUAACGGACGCUGUUUUAAUAGCAUUAUUUUUAUCAGGACUGAAGUCAUGCGCCUGAUGGUGAGAUCUCAUUUUCUUUUUACGGGAAAUGAUUUGGGGAUUUUCUAAGGUGAUCAACACUUCUGCGUAACAGCUUUUCACCAACAUUUAUCAUCACUGGAGUCGAUGUGUUUUUCUAUAGCCAUUGCGUCUCCUGUUUUUGCAAAAGGCUGCACUCCACCAGAACCUCGUCAGAUCACACACAAUUCUUGUUCCCACUGCUUAUGGGUCUCUCCAGAACAGAAAUCCUUUUAAUGCACUUUUGACGAAAUAGAGGUGUAAAUAAAAAAUUAAAUGAGUGAAGAAUGAUGACUGAUGCGUUACUUUGAUUGUUUGGAUUACUUAAUCUGUUCUGGAUGUAGUGUUCAACAUAGUUUCACUUAGGUAACCAGGCCAUAUUUCAUUUAUGAAAAUUUGAAAUACACUCGUAAGGGAAUACAGUUCAUUAUGUAUCAUACUGUAACGAGGACAUCAAAACUACCGAAAUUUCGUAGUGAGAAGCUGUAAAGUUUAAUUUAAAGGAGCUAUCGAAAGUAAUAAAAAUCAUGAAUGUAUUUUACUAAUACAUUAUACAUGUAAUUGAUGUGAACAGAGGCGACUAUUUUGAUUAGAAACGAGAAUAUUUGCUCAAGAACUGAACAUUGUACAAUUUGUGCAGACACGAAUGUAGACCUUAGUAGAAAAGGAUAUUCACAUAUGUACUUACAUUGUAAUUAUGUAAUAACGCUAUGAAUAAUGGUGCUCUAAAUUAUAAUUUAGUUUAGAAUUUAGGCAUAACUCACUGGCGCUAGCGAGUGAAGGUGCUUAUUUCUACGCAGCAGCGAAGCAUGUAACUCAUGGUGUUAUUUUGUUAUGUUAUUUUUCUUUUCUUUUCCUUCUGAUAUAGAUAAGCAGUUUAUUUUCUUUGUUGAACUGCAAAACUACAUCCUAAUAUAUAAGCAAGAUUUACGACAGUGUUUCCAGACUCUAUGAGUCUGAUUAAGAAAGCAUCCUGUUAGCUCGAAACGAGGUUAAGCCCAACGGAACUGAUAUGAAUAGCAGUUGAUAUGCACAGAUGUGUUUCACCAGAGACUUUAUUUUACUAGACCAAGAGCCUCGGACUAUUUUGUACCUCCAUCAUCAAGUAGAGUGUAGCAAUGUAGAUUUGCUUGAGUGCGAUUUGUAGAUGAACUAUCUGGAUUAUGAAACGAGGACAAUGUGGUUACAAUACGUGUCAAUCGCAAAUUAUGCAGUGUUGUGGAAUCCCAACAGCACUGUUGGACAGCUUUUGGUUGUCAGUGGCUACUUCCCAAAAUCGUACACUCUGUUCAAUAUUACCUACAAACAUUUGGGUCUUUCCAUCAAUAUCACCUCUCUCUUUCUACCUCUCACUCUAUCUCUGUAUUCGUUAUCACACAUGUAAACGCAUAGCGAAAGAGUUGCCUACUGAAAGUGAUAACCCACAUAUUUUGUAAAUAUGAUGUCACAGAUACAUUAUGAUUUGGGAACAUUUUCCUUCCAGCUGGAGAAACUUAAUGUCUGUGUAGUUCUUACCACACGUGCCACAGGUGGCAGGAGAGUUCAGAAAUAUGGAGUUUGGGUACUUGGUGAUAUAGAUAGAUUCCAUCAUAAUUAACAGCAACAACAGACUCGGCUGAAAAUAUAUCAUAAUAGAAGCAAAAACCUUCCAGUAAACACGUGUUUGCAAACUAUAUGUUUGUUUAGAUCGUUGUUGAAAUUUGGUAUACAGCCACUGCAGACUUCAGUAUGAAAUAUAUUCUAGUUAGUAGAAAUACAAGGUGAUACAGCUGCCCCUAUCUAUGGCUUUUAUGCAACUCGCAUCACCUUGGAAAACCACGCGCGAGAUAUUCAUAUUGUCUCGCUCACUACGUGUAAACUAUUAGUCCUACAGAAAAGAUGGAAAAACAUUUUUUUAGUAAAUUUAAUGUAGGUAAAUUUUGUACUGUGAUGGCUUUUGGGUGGAAGCCACGGUUUUCGAAUUAUUCAACAAAAAUGGUUGAAAGUUUUCUUCAAACGCGUUUUUCUUGAAUAAAUCAAAAACUGUGGCCUCCAGCGAUAAAGUAUUUCAGUACAAAAUUCAGCUACAUUAAAUUUCCUACGAAAAAGUCCUGUUCAUUUUUUAUGUAGGGCUAAUAGUUUGCGCCUAGCAAGUGAGACAAUAUAAGAAUCUUGCGUGUGGUUUCUGAAGGUUUUGGGUUGCAUAAAAUCUGAGUGGGGCAGCUAAGUCACUUGUAUGUUUGAAAUGUAGAGUUUCCGAUUAAGUCCUCAUGUAAGUGGGCUUGAACUUCACCCAUGGGAUAUCGUAACAAGACAUACAAUAUUACUUCAUCAUGUUCGAUGGUACAAUGCACUGUGGACUUCUACCUAUUGAAGCAGGUGUUCUAGGUAUCGCGCUCGCGUUUGGAAGCAAUAUGAUACAAGUGUUUGCAGUGAGCUAUACUCGCCCGCAGAUUAUCUCGUACAGUGCACGAUUGGCUGCUCCAGUUCUCCAAUCGUAGCAAGGGAAGUGCUGUGCACUUCACUUGUCGGCUGUCCGUAAAAAAAAAAGAACAAUAGUGAGAUCAGGUGAUCACGGAGGCCAAAGUAUACAGGUACUGCACGACCUGUACAUCUUGGACAAGUUUGGAGUGUUAGAGUCAUCGGCAGCAAAAUGUUCAAGUGCAUGCAUGUACCUUAUUUUCUAACCAUAGGCCACGGUUGUAAUUUGAGCCACAUUUGGUGGUCAAUUAAUCGAAAAUUUUACAAAGAACACUUAUUCUAAAAUGCGCAAUACUUCAUACUGCAGCCAAAGGCGGCUGGUGACGACUAUUCAUAGUUACCUCACAAUGUCUCGCUUGGGGGUCUAAGAAUAAUGGCACGUUUUUGCUUCUAUUAUCGUGUGGUUGCACUUGUGUCAGUUUCACAUUAGUUUGAAUACAUCUUGUAUACAUAUUUUGUUUUUCUGCACUCUUCCCCUCUCUCUCCUUUUGUUUUUUGUUCCCCUUUAUCAGCUGCCUGUAUACUUAGCUUCGAGCGCCGUCAAUGAUACCAAACUAUAUCUAUAGUUGCUCUGCAAGAUAUGGAAAUGGUAUGUCCCUUAAAACUACAAAAGACGCUCCUAGAUGGAAUGCCUUGGCUAAUAAAGAUUUCAGCUUCGGGCUACGGCCGUCAGCAGAGCAGCAGACGUUUGAUGGCCCUACUCUUGCAGCUGAUUGCUUAAGCUGGCUACGGUAACUCCAGCACCGCCGCUUCUGCGCCUGCGCGUCAGAAUGCCAGCCAGCAGCUCACCGGUCCGGAGAUUACGGAAAUCUUGUUACUCAGGUGGAACGCAUUACGCGGGUAAAAGGAAAUUACGUGCGAAUAAAGUGGCCGUUGUGAAACAAGAGACCCACGUCCCGAAACCGUAUCAGCGGCGCUCCGACCAGCGAGUAACUGCCAACUGCUGUGUUUUCUGCUCUGUUUCUGCUCUUCUGUAAUUUGUUUAAUGACUAAAGCUGAUGUAUAAUGAAUUAUGUAAAUAAAGAGAUGUUUACUUUA